GUGAUUGGUGGAUUGAGGGGGGCGGUAACUAUACAUUCAGGAAGAGGUCCAUGGACUGUAAACUCUGCUAGGAGCUAAUUAGCUUGCUAGGUGAAUCUGAUGAAAAAAAUAACUCCGUUUGGUCGUUAAAUCGUUGUUAACCAUGUCUGCAAGAAACCCGGGCAUGCCCCUUGACCUGGCAUGGGUGUCCAAGGUGCGGGUGAACACCCAGGCAGUGCUGAAGAGAGCUCAGCAGAUCCAAGGACGCAAUAAGAACAAGAAACAGUGGCAGGCGGCGUGGCUGCUGCGGGCGGUGACCUGUAUUGACCUGACGACCCUGGCCGGUGACGACACGCCCGGCAACGUCCACCGGCUGUGUAUGAAGGCGACCCAGCCGGUACGCUACGACCUGCUGAAGAGCAUGGACAUGCAGGACAAAGGUGUGACUACUGCAGCGGUGUGCGUGUACCCGUCUCGUGUGGCUGAUGCUGUGAAGUCACUGAAAGCAGCCAACUCCAGCCUACCUGUCGCCUCAGUGGCGACCGGUUUCCCUGCAGGCCAGACCUCUCUGAAGACCAGGCUGGAGGAGGUCCGUAUGGCUGUAGAGGAUGGAGCUAUGGAGAUAGAUAUAGUCAUUAACAGGACUCUGGCCCUCACUGGACAGUGGGAAGCCAUGUAUGAGGAGGUGUGUCAGUUCAGAGAGGCCUGUGGGGAGGCUCACAUGAAGUCCAUCCUGGCUAUAGGAGAGCUGGGGACCUACACCAAUGUCUACAAGGCUAGUCUGGUGGCUAUGAUGGCUGGGUCGGACUUCAUCAAGACGUCAACAGGGAAGGAGUCUGUCAACGCUACCUACCCUGUCGCCAUAGUGAUGGUCAGAGCCAUCCGGGACUACUUCCUGAAGACUGGACAUAAGGUUGGUUUUAAGCCUGCUGGCGGGAUCCGUACAGCCAAGGAGUCGUUGGUGUGGCUGACUCUGAUGAAGGAAGAGCUGGGAGACGAGUGGCUGAGCCCUCGCCUCUUUAGACUGGGGGCUAGUAGCCUGCUGGCUGACAUAGAGAGACAGAUCUACCAUCACGUGACUGGUCGCUACGCAGCCUAUCACCAGAUGCCCAUGGCCUGAAACCACGGUUACCAUUUCCAAAGUGACCAAUCCGAAACCUCACCCGAACCAGCCUAUCGCUGUGCAGAAUUCUUACAGGUUUCCUGGAAGAUAUCUCUGUUGUUGGACUUGUCAGGAAUGUGUUCAUUUGAGAUGAUGACCAGAUCAGGUGAAGAAAAGAGAGAGCCUGACAUUUUACUGUGUACAGUACUACUG